AUGUCGCGCCAAUACCAGUAUCACAACAACUCUAGGCUUCCCACCAGCAUCCAGUCCAUAGGCCAUGUAUUAUCAGUCAACGCACAGCAGCUGGCGCACCAGCUAAGAGUAUGGGCCUCUGGGCCGGGAAAACGUAUGGCAAUGUCAGCGAGUGAACGAGUCGCACGACGAAUACAACGCAAUCUUACAUCGAGACGACUGUUGAGCUUUCCUCAUCUGCUGGUCUUGAUCUGGGUCGUUGCGCUGCUGUAUGGUGAGAGGUGGGUGUUCAAUAGCAAGGUCGCAAGUUGCGAUUGGGACCAUUGGGAGAAAUGGCCAAAAGAUGCGAAACCUCACCACCUCGUCUUUGUCGCCGACCCUCAAAUCAUCGAUCCGCAUUCCUACCCAGGCCGUCCCUGGCCUCUCAACCCCCUCACCGUCCUCGUCACCGACAACUACCUGCGACGUGGCUACCGGGCCAUGCAAGGCCGGCUUAACCCCGACAGUCUAUUCUUCCUCGGCGAUUUGUUUGACGGCGGUCGCGAGUGGAAGACCCGAGAGGGUAAAUUCGUCGAUCCAAAAUGGGGACGGGGUCGUUCCAAGGAUGAGAAGAAGCUGGUUCAGUCGUGGCACGAGAAAUACGGCGAGGAUUUCUGGUUGCACGAGUACCAGAGGUUCGGGAAUAUCUUCUUUAAACACUUCAACGACGGCGGCGAGGUACCGGGAUCAUGGCAGCGUGGGCGAAAACUGGUGACGAGUCUGCCUGGAAACCACGAUCUGGGCUUCGGCGCGCAAGUACAAGUUUCUGUCCGGAAUCGCUUCAGCGCAUUCUUUGGCGACGUCAACCGCGUGGACGUUGUUGGAAACCAUACACUUGUAUCUGUGGAUUCGGUCUCCCUGAGUGCAGAUACCUCAGAGUGGAAGAACAAGCAUGACUUGAAGCCCAUUUACGGACCAGUAAAUGAGUUUCUGGAUGGCGUGAAAGUAACCAAAAGAAAGGCAGUAGAGGAAGAGUUGCGCCAUUACUACGAUCUCAAUGGAGGCCUACGAUAUCCUCAUAAUGUCGAAGAGCUCGACAAAUCACAUCCUACCUGGGGAAGUAGCUCCGAAGCGAAUAAGGGCGACGGCCCCGACUUUCCUACAAUUCUCCUUACUCAUGUUCCGUUAUAUCGAGCCCCCGGAACACCUUGCGGACCUCAACGAGAGCAUUGGCCGCCUGCGACACCUCCCAAGGGCCAGAAGGAGCCAGUGUUCCCUGAUAACCGAAAUGCACUGAGUAUUGUCGGCGGAUAUCAAUACCAGAAUGUUCUCAACGAACAAGACUCCGUCAGGCUGGUGAAGAGCAUAGGUAACAUCAAGCAUGUCUUUUCUGGUGAUGAUCACGACUACUGCGAGGUGGUGCAUUCUGAUGCCAAGGAGAACGUGCGUGAAAUCACCGUCAAAAGUAUGAGCAUGGCUAUGGGUGUCCCUACACCAGGAUUUCAGAUGGUCAGCAUGUAUAACCCGGUUGAUGCUCAGGGAAGACCACUUCCUGGAGCGCCUGAGCAGACCAUUCAGACGCAUCUGUGUCUUCUGCCGAAUCAGCUCCAUACAUACAUGCAGUAUAUCAUCUUCUUCGUGGCAACUCUCGUCCUUCUACUCAUUCGCGCAGCACUUGUUCCUGCGCUUUCACUUACCCCUUUCGCCCUCGAGCCUGAGAAGUCAUCAGCCUCGGCUGUUCUGCCUGUGUAUAAGGACAAGAUGGACCCUCCUGAGGCUUCAUCAUACCGCAACACGACAUCUUCAGGUACCUCGGCGCAUCAUCUACCUUCACGCCUAUCCGCCGCAGCACCCCGCAACGCAAGGAGCACAUCUCCUGGCCAGACAUCAGGUCGAUGGCAGGCUCGGCGGGGAGGACGUAACGACAAGCGCUGGGGCUGGGGGUCUGCAGGCGGACCGCGCAUCCAUCUCGACGAUAACUACUUCAGCACAGAAGCUCAAGAUAGACGCGUGGGUGGUAGAAAAGCCCUUCGAGUGAUUGGUCGCGAGUUGUGGACAAGCACAUGGCGUGUGGCUUGGAUGGCAGUCUCAUUUUUUGCAUACCUUGCAUGGAGAGGGUAG